AUCAAUAUUCUAUCAUCACUUCUCCAAUUUUGUUUACCUGCUUAGCGCUGUUUUUGGCGGAUAACUCAAAAAGAUACAGCAAGUGAAGGGUGGAGAGUGCAGUGAUUUGAAUCAGUACCAAUAAUCAGAGCAAACGCGAGAGACGUACGAAUUUUCGCAGUAAAAUGGCAUCCGGCGGCUUGGCAUGUGUCAAAUAUUUGACAUUCUUUUGCAAUCUACUAUUUGCGCUCACGGGUCUACUCAUCUUUCUGGUGGGUGGCAUGGUUCAAUUGAAUUAUGCACACUAUUCGAAUUUUGUCGGGGAUCAUAUAUGGACAGCGCCCAUAAUACUGAUGAUUGUGGGCGCCGCUGUGGCCGUUAUUUGUUUCCUGGGCUGUUGCGGUGCAUUGAAGGAGAGCAGCUGCAUGAUCCUCAGCUUUGCCAUACUCGCCGUGGUCAUAUUUCUGUUCGAAAUAGGUCUGGGAGUGGCCGGGUACGUGAAGCAUUCGGAUCUGCAGCCACUAAUGGAGGGACAAUUCAAUGCGACCAUGCGGCACUACAAGGAGCGUGAGGAUUAUCGCGAUGCCUGGACCCUGUUGCAAACUGAAUUGGAUUGCUGCGGCACGUAUGGACCCAACGAUUGGGAGGUUAUUUAUCCCAACAAGACCCUGCCGCCGGCAUGCUGCUCUGUCAUCAAUUUAAGCGAGGCCAAGGAGUGCACUGUGGUGCAUGCCACACAGAGUGGCUGCUUGCACAAGCUCUUGGGAAUCUUGGACUCAAAGACAUUGCUCUUGGCCUCUGUGGUGCUGGCUGUGGCGGGUAUACAGCUUUUGACCAUACUCUUUGCGUGCUGCCUGUAUCGUUCGUUUCGCCGGAGCUACGAUCACGUUUAGAUUGCGCAGCGAUGAUCCCGUCUGUCGACUUUGAAGCGGGUGGAAACGAAAGGAAUGAGCGAAGGAACAAUUUUCGUAGUCUGUAGUUUGUCAUAUGUAUGCAGAAACAUUUCUCGUUGCCGUCUCUGAAUCACAACAAUCACA